ACACUGGGUUGACCAAAAUAUCUCAGCUUUAUCGUCACUGUCUCAUUCGGGCUCAGCGCACUGUUCCCCCGGCCAAUUUCCUCGCUGGAAUUCAGGACAGUAUUGCCAAAAAUCACAUAUAAACCAGUAUCUCCCUCCCGGUCACGCCUUUGCCCCGAUUUUCAGCCCUCCAUCUCUCAUUUCGCUUCUGCUCCGCAGGCCCUACCAUUCCUUUCGAUGUAUCUUUCACAACAGAUAGUCGAGACCACGGCUCACAGCGCUAAUGCUGUCGUUCUGGAUACGGUUCAGCGCAACCUGGUGCUUGCACAGCUGGCAGCCCAGCGGUCUCUCACCACACAGGAGCAGUUUGAGCUCACACCCGAGUCGCUCGAGGCAGGCCUCAUCGAGACCGGCUCCCACGCGAACCGGCCGACGCUGGCCGAACGCCUGCGCAAGUCGAUUUCGCGGGCGCGCGACGCCCUGAUGCUCCGGCAGCCGCCUGGCUACUGCCGUGGCGCCUGGUCGAUCAUCAACGACAUCCCGUACCCUCCGCCGCCGCCGUACGCCGGAAACAGCCGGCCGCCAUCCUACGAUGAUGCGAUGGAGAUUGGGGUGAUUGCCUCGCCGAUGCGCGUCGCCGAGCAGCGCAGCCAUGGGGGUGUCAGGCGGACGACGUCGACGCCGGGGCUGACUUCUCUGGCGCAAGGCGAGCAGGGCUUGCUGAUCGACAGUGCAGGCGAAAAUGACUUUUUGCCGGCUGGGCCGCUGCCUGGCGAGGAGCUGCUCCCGGAAUACCCCGGCGCCGGCGAGCACGUCUGCUCGUCGGAGGUUGUUAGCCAGUGGCAGCUGGGGGAGCGUGCAAUCGAGAAGCCCCCCAUUCACCCGCGCGGGUACCGGUACCCGGCAGCACGCAGGGCGUCCGAGCCGGGUGUGCCGCAGAGCUCAGUGCCUGCACGCACCACCGAUCAUUUGGGUUCGCGCAGCCUUGGGUGGACUCUGUUCAGCAGCUCAUCCCAUCGCCCCUCGACGUCGUCGUAGAAGCGCAUUCUCUCUCCCGUUUCCACCCGUCCGUUUCCCACAUUCGCACUCUUGUACACCAUGUCUCUUCUGUCUAUAGUUCACUUUCGCAAUCCAUAUCUCGCUGAUUACACUCCGCAGCAGUGCUCAGCCUCAAUCACACAAUCGCAAUGCUCCCUGCGCAAUUCUGGCGAGCUCUAGCGGAACAUAUUGUAUUAAAAAAACCAGUUGCGAGGUUGGCAUCAAUCAAAGCAUCACGCAAGCAAUGGUUCAUUCCGGGCGCGCUGAGCUUCG